AUGAUAAAACCAGCCUGGAAAACAUAUAAGAGAAAUAUAAGUGAAACAAGUAAUAGUGAUAUCAACAUUAGUAUUCACAUUAAAUCAGAUAUCUGUGACAUAGAAUCUGAUAAGCCCGACAAAGACAUUCAAAGUUUAAAUACAAAAAAGCCUAAAACACAGUCAAUGAAAGAUAAUAAAACAAAAAUAGCAGCGGAAACAGAAAAACCUUCAUCGAGCUACGACGACCAUUUAAGUGAAACUUGUUCUAAGGUCAAUUAUGCUGUUGGGGAUAUUAUAUUAAUCAGAUACUUUUUUAAGAAAAAAGUUGAUUAUUCUGUCGGUGAAAUCAUAGCAAAAGUAGGAAAUGGUAAAGUAAAUGUAUAA